AACAAUGCUUUAUUACAAAAAUAAAAGUUACUAUUAAAUACUGAAAAUGAUCACAUCAACCGAUUACCAUGCCUACACAACGUUGAUUUGCGUAAGUGCACCAAAAAACUUUUAAUUCGAAAGGACCACGGCAUUUGACCCCCGGAAGUCGUAAUGUUAUGGCCGCACCUUAUUGGCUGACGAAGUGCGGUAGACCCAGAAACAAAAACUAUGUGAAAAUGCGGUCUCUGUUACCUGCAGUGGCAGAACAACUUUUCCGAGACAUCCGGAAAAUCUAUGAGGAGACGACUCAAAUUCCAGACGAUCUCCUCAUUGCGCUUAAAUUUGUCUUCGGCUCAUGUGCCUUGCAGGCAUUGGACCUGGUUGACCAGCGCUCUGUAACCUGUCUGUCUUCUCCCAGUGGUCGCAAAGUCUUCCAGGUAAUUGGAGGCUCGGGCCGUUUGUACACUUGCUUCUUGUCCUGUCACUACUGCCCCUGCCCGGCUUUCACCUACACCGUUCUACGCAGAAACCAAGGCCUGCUCUGCAAACACAUCCUGGCCGUCUACCUGUGUCAGGCUAUGGCCUUGACUCAACAGGAGAGUGUCUCGGAUCAGCAGAUGUCUACGAUGCUCAGCGGGACCGGGGCCCCGUAACAGCAAGAGGACUGGAAGACACGGUCCCACAGAGUAGAUUCUCUUCAUCCUGGAAAACUGGCCUGGUUUCUGUUAUUUUUAUUUGAAAGACAGCAGAUGUUACUUUUUUUUUUUUCUUUAGAAAUUUUCUUUGUCUUAAAUACUUUCAGCUUUAUUUUUAGUUGCUUUCUAUCUGACCUUCCAUCAGUUUGGGAGUGGGAGAACAUCUGGACACUGAGGUCACUUCCCAACAAUUUAACUGCACAGUAAUGAUUCUUCUCAUGCGCUGCUACUAAAUAUAAAUAUAAAUAGUCAUUAUUUAAAAUAAGGGAAUAAAAUCCGAACCAUAACAAUAUAAACAUUGCCUUUAUUAACAAAAUAAUUCACCAUACAUACAGAUUGCAUCAUGUCAAAUAGCAACAUCAGUUGUAGUUUUGUUGAACAAACAAACGGUCUCUGGGAAAAGGUUGGACAUCAGGUCGACUACAGCGGAGGCAUUUUCCUGAUUAGAAACACGAUAGUACACAGACAAACAGGAACUUGGGAAUGAAAGAUUGGAAUUGAACUUUCCAUUGUCCGUAUUAGCUUCAAAA